CAAUUCUGAUCUAAGAUCACGUCCAAUCUGAGGACUGCCAGGGCUCGUGAACAUUUCCUGUGUAGAGACUCCUGUCUGUGUUUUCUAAAUUUCUAAGUUAAAACUGGAACAGCUAGGGGAUUCUUUGGCUCUGUAGUACCCACGAUCUAAUCCGCAGGGUUUCGGAAUUUCGGAACAGUGCGAGUUGCUUUCGGACCGUACGUCUCUCGGACAUCAGGAAACCUGCAGAUCUUGAUCACAGCUCGCUUCAAGUAAUGUUUCAAACUUUCACGGAGCAGCGAAGACCCUCGGGCCAGACCAGCCAGAAGAAGCUAGCUAGCUGGGUACCAACCUUGAAAGUUGAGGGGGGCGGUGCUACAUAGGGCCACGCCCUCAGCGGAGCCAAUGACCAGAGACGGGUGCUGAAGGGGCGUGGCGAGCCUCGCAGGCAACGACGUGAUUGGCACUUGACCUGACGCUGCCCGCGAGGCUGCCCCGGCGUCUAGCUCCGGCUGAAUCCCCGGCGAGUGCGGGCCUAGGAAGUGUGUCCAUUCCCGGGUACCGUAGCGGCUUUUAGCCCGGGCCGGGCGGGCUGGGCUGGGCUGUCCGGGACUGGCCAGGUGGCCGGAGCUAAGCUCAGUCUCGGAGACCCUGAUGGCUGCGGUGUUUCUCGUCACGCUGUACGAAUAUUCGCCGCUUUUCUACAUCGCGGUGGUGUUUACCUGCUUUGUCGUGACUACCGGCUUGGUACUAGGAUGGUUUGGUUGGGAUGUGCCAGUCAUUCUGAGAAACUCAGAAGAGACCCAGUUCAGUGCAAGAGUUUUCAAGAAACAGAUGAGACAAGUCAAGAAUCCUUUUGGCUUAGAAAUUACUAAUCCAUCUUCAGCUUCAAUUACAACUGGCAUAACCUUGACCACAGAUUGCCUCGAAGACAGUCACCUUACUUGCUACUGGGGGUGCAGUGUUCAGAAGUUAUAUGAAGCCCUGCAGAAGCACGUUUAUUGCUUCAGAAUAAAUACCCCGCAAGCAUUAGAAGAUGCUUUGUAUAGCGAAUAUCUCUACCAAGAACAGUAUUUUAUUAAAAAGGACAGCAAAGAAGAAAUAUAUUGCCAGUUACCAAAAGAUAACAACAUUGAGGACUUCGGUGCAGUGCCCAGAUCUCGCUAUCCAUUGGUGGCACUGUUGACCUUGGCUGACAAGGAUGACCGAGAGAUCUAUGAUAUCAUUUCCAUGGUGUCUGUAAUUCAUAUUCCUGAUAAGACUUACAAACUUUCCUGCAGAAUAUUGUAUCAGUAUGUACUCCUGGCUCAAGGUCAAUUUCAUGAUCUUAAGCAACUUUUCAUGUCUGCCAAUAAUAAUUGCACUUCCUCCAGCCGCCCCUCCCCAGAAGACAAAAACACUGACCGGAGUUUGCUGGAAAGGGCGGGACUGUCGGAAAGCGAAGGGGAGCCGUGGGAGGAGAGCAGCAAGGACUGCGUUGUGUGCCAGAACGGGGCCGUGAACUGGGUGCUGCUGCCCUGCAGGCACACGUGCCUGUGUGAUGGCUGCGUGCGGUAUUUUCAGCAGUGCCCAAUGUGCAGGCAGUUUGUGCGGGAAUCUUUUGCACUCUGCAGUCAAAAAGAGCCAGAUAAAGAUAAACUGAAAAGUCUUUGAAGAUGCUGUUACAGCCAAGAAGGACACCUGCCACCUAAGAUACAAUCGUUUGUGUUUUUAAACUUUGAUCAGAAUAUGGAAUCUACAGUAAUGACCUUCAUGGGAUCUUCUCACUUCCUGUUUGUCUACAACAUGGAUGAUGAAAGUGAAUGAUUCCUUGCUUCUCAGUGUGGUGAGCACUGCAGAACUCGUCUGCAUUGACAC